UCUCACCUAAAGAAAAAAUUCCUGCCUUAUCCCCAUCACCUCUUACUGGGAAUACUAAUUUCAACCAUUAUUUUUAAAUUUUUUUAUAAAUAGCCAUCUCUUUCCUUUAUUUCAAAAGAGAAUAGAUAUUUCUGGGAUUUGAUAUACCCUCUUUUAUACUGGAGAGAAAUUAUCAAACAGGCACCACCUCCGAGCCCGAGAUGUUGCAAUUCCCAGAGAUCCGUCUCUCCAACGGGCCCAGCCGGUGCCAGGGGCGGGUGGAGAUCCUCUACAACGGCUCCUGGGGGACGGUCUGCGACGACGACUGGGACAUCGUGGAUGCCAACGUGGUGUGUCGCCAGCUGGGCUGCGGCCACGCCAUCACCCUCCCGGCUGCCAUGACCUUCGGCCAGGGGAGCGGGCCCAUCUUCCUGGACAACGUGGACUGCAAGGGCUGGGAGGCAGCUCUGAGCGAGUGCUGGAGCCACGGCUGGGGCAUCCACAACUGCUACCACUACGAGGACGUGGCUGUCGUGUGCAAUGAGUUCUCACCCACGCAAGCCAGCGAAGGACCGACCACCAGGACCCUCACAGCCCCGGUACAGGAUGGGGAAAGUGACGGCAGCAUCCGCCUGGUGAGCGGGCCCGACACCUGCCAGGGGCGGGUGGAGAUCUUCUACCGCGGGAACUGGGGCACCGUCUGCGACGACGACUGGGGCCUGAGUGAUGCCAGCGUGGUCUGCAAGCAGCUGGGCUGUGGGCAGGCCCUGGAUUACAAGAGCAAUGCCUACUUUGGCUAUGGGACAGGGCGCAUCCUCCUGGACAACGUCAACUGUGAUGGCAGCGAGCCCUUCCUCUCCGCCUGCUACAGCCUCGGCUGGGGCAUCCACAACUGUGGCCACCACGAGGACGCCGGGGUCAUCUGUGCAGGGCUGGACACGUCCACCAUCACAUCCUUCACCACCUCAGUGGCCCUGGACUCUGAGGAGACACUCACAGCCACGGCCACAGCAGUGACAGACGGCAGGGACCAGCCCUCCCAGGCCACUGAGGUGGUCACCACCAUGCUCCUGACUGUCGAGCAGGAAAGUGGCGGCGUGCGGCUGGCGAACGGGAACGGGAGCUGCCGCGGGCGGGUGGAGGUGCGGCACCGCGGCACCUGGGGCACCGUCUGCGACGACGACUGGGACUUCCCCGACGCCCAGGUGGUGUGCCGGCAGCUGGGCUGCGGGGCCGCCCUCGCCGCCACCGUCCUCGGCUCCUUCGGCUACGGCAGCGGGCCCGUCCUGCUGGAUAACGUGGGAUGCGGCGGCGGCGAGGCUCGCCUGGCCGACUGCUUCCACCUGGGCUGGGGGCAGCACAACUGCGGCCACCACGAGGACGCCGGGGUCAUUUGCCGAGGUGCUGAUGAUGCUGGAGACCAUUUCCAAGAAGCCACCGCUACGACCACCACGUUGGUCCCAACUCGUCCCAGGGAGGGGUCCCUGCGCCUGGUGAACGGCAGCCACCGGUGCGAGGGGCGCGUGGAGAUGUUCUACCUGUCCCAGUGGGGGACGGUGUGCGACGACGCCUGGGACCUGCGGGACGCCAAGGUGGUGUGCAGGCAGGUGGGCUGCGGGCACGCCAUGGCAGCCUGGGGGGAGGCCCGGUACGGCCAGGGCACGGGCUACAUCUUCCUCGACAACCUCAAGUGCAAGGGCCACGAGCCCUCGCUGCUGCGCUGCUCCCACAUCCGCUGGGACGUCCACAACUGCGACCACUCCGAGGACGCCGGUGCUGUCUGUGACAUCCUAUGACCGCCCGCCCCGCCGGGACCCCCCCGCAGCUCAGGUGGAAGGACCCAUCCUACAGCAUCAGUUGCCUUCACCACCAAGUGUUUGAUUCCUAAUGGGACACCAGGAAAAUGAUCUCUGUGUUCUCAUGGAUGGGGUGUAAGGGUGAGGAAGGGCUCGUGCAGCAACACAGAGCAGGUCCCAGCUGCUCCCUCUGCUGCACUCACUCCUCUGUUUGUGCAAUCCUUUUGUUAAUAAUAGACUGUGUAUAUUCCUGGGUCGGGCUUCUUGGU